CGCUGUUUCUGAAUAUACCGAAAACCGAAUUUUGCUGCUCUCUCGAGACCUCCCUGGGGGAGACUACAUUUUGAAGUUUGUUAUUUAUGACCAGCUGGGGGAAAACAACUCCGCACUCCUCAACGCCGUCCGAGCGGAACUCCUCGAAGUCCCAGACCUUUUGCCUGUCGAGCCUUUGCCGCGUUCUUUCAACUCCAGGGGGUGGCUGGCGAACCCUGACGUGCCGAUCUACGCGACUUCUGUCUUUGGCUUCCACAAGGACCCCGACCACCAGCUGCAGCAGCAGCAGCAGCAGCAGCAGCAGCAGCAGCAGCAGGCAGUGGUGAGGUCCAGUCUGCACGUCAGCAAACCCACUGUCCUUCGGGUUGCAGCAGAACCCGCCUUGGCCUCUGACGGGCAGCUGAAAAUUCAGAUCUUCCCCAGCAGCAGCAGCAGCAGCAGCAGCAGCAGCAGCAGCAGCAGCAGCAGCGGGAAGGAGCUGGUGCCUGUUGCUGAGGCAGCAAAUAACAACCUCUUCGCGCUGCUGCAGCCAGGCGCCUACAGCCUGGCCUUCGAGGGUUCUGAGCCGUUCUUGACCACAAUAGCUAUCAUGUCCAUCGACGCCCUUAGGGAUUCCCUGAGGGGCCCCCGGGGGGCCCCCUAUGGGGGGGCCCCCGGCGGCUCCCUGGGGGGCCCCCUGGGGGCCCCCAGGGGGGCCCCCGCAUGCAGCGCAACGUUGCCAGUUGUCUCUUUGCCAUCUCCAAUUCCUGAAGAGUUUGAGAGCGAACAACUUGUGUUUGGAGUGGAGUUUGGGGCCAUUAAGGAGACGGGCGAGCUGCUGUCGCUGCCGCUGCACCUCUCCUCCCCCUCUGUGGUGUAUGCGGAGGUCGGGUCCAACUUUGUUGUGGAUUUCGUUCGCGUGGGAAUAGAAGUGGCGGAAGGCCUUUGGCUGGGGGAGCAGCGGGGCCCCCAAAAUGCUUUGAAGCUGCUGCUGGAUGCUGGGGAACAUUCGCUUAAGGUUUCUGUGGAAACUGCUGCUGCUGCUGCUGCAGCGCAGCAGCAGCAGCAGGAGCAGCAGCAGGAGCAGCAGGAGCAGCUGCACCUGAUGCAGCAGCAUGAUAGGAAGGCGCUCCUCGAGCAGGCCCAGGUCAGCCCCCAGAUUUUAGCCAGCUAG